CUUGUUGAUAAUAUUUGUUUUUUGUAGGAUGUUGUGUGUAUUUGCUUUAGCGUUAUCUCUACUUGUCUUCGGAAAUGUUGACGCCAGAGGGGGUUGCAAAUGUAAAGGACAAGUACUCAACCAUGAACAAGAAUACUUUUGUAAUGCUGAUUUUGUAAUUCGUGUGACUGUUUUGCGUCAAAAGAGAUUGAAUUACAAUCGUGGUACCAAAUAUUUUGUCAGGGUUACUGAAGCCUUCAAGAGCAAUCUUUAUAAAGGAAAGGAAACUACUUUGAUAACCGGCACUGCUGCUCAAUGUGGUGUAAACUUGGAUGGAAAGGACUUCCUUGUAACAGGAAACAUUGAAAAUGGACGAAAUACAUUAUCUUCAUGUAAUAGCUGGAUCGCAAGUUGGAAUUCCUUGACAAAAUUGGAAAGAAGGACUCUUAGAACUGGAGGUUAUGCUAAAACAUGUACCAACAACUGUGACGUUGCAGUUAGAUGCUCCAAAGGGAACAUUAACUGUUGUGGGGCAUCCCAAGCACCAUGUAGAGGAACAACUUGUAGCCGAAUCUAUGGCAGAAAAUGCGGAUGGACUUCAUGUUAUUGACGUUACGGUUUUCUAUUAACGAAAUAAAACGUUUAGAACCAAAA